AUGACGGCAAUCAAAUUAACAGAUUAUGACGGCAAUCAAAUUAAAAUAUUAGGUACAACGCAAAUCAAUGCAAAUAAUAAAAGUUACUUGGAAGCUACAAUUUCGACUAAAAGUGGUUUGAUAGAUGACUUUAAUCGCAGUAUAAAUCCUUGCGAUGAUUUCUACGCCUACACCUGUUCCAAUUGGAUGUCGAAGCAAGCAUCGACACAUUUCUUGACUCAAAAAUAUCAGGUUUCGCAAAAGAAUAGGAAAAUGAUUCAUGAUUAUUUAGUUGCCAGCGAAUCGCCUCGACUUAAAUCUUCCGCUCAACAAAACGCUGCCAAUUUUCAUAAAUCUUGUAUGAAUAGAUUUAAGUUACCAAAUAAAAAUUUUACAUACAAUUACAAUAAUGUCUUCGAAAAUAUAUUCAAAGUUGACCUUUGGAAAAAUGUUCCAAAAUUUAUGAAAGCCAACAAAUAUGGCUCCAUUAGACGAGUCAUAUUCAACUCUAUUAAUUCCAGUAUCAAAGAAUGUCUUAGAAAGGCUCCUAGAACUUCAUCUCCAACAUGCUGGCCCUUGCAAAAAACAUUAUCCCAAAUGGGAAUAUCCCCAGCUUUAAUAGUUAUUGGGCCUGAGUUGAUAGUCAAUGAUAAAAUAGUAAUAUCUAUUAAACCUGGUAUCCCUAACUUGGAUUACCGAGAUUAUUCCAACCGGAAUAUAUUAAAUCCUUAUAAAAAAUACGUUAAAAAACUAUUGGGAGAUACUUUAAAAUUAAGAUCCCAGGAAAUAGAUGGUGUAAUUGAUUUUGAAAAGAAACUAAGCCAAUUUAGAGGAAUAAGUGAAAGUAUGGAUGACGGAAAAAGUGAAUUUCUGAGAGUCGCUGAUUUAGAUAAAAGAUUUCCCUUUAUGAACUGGUCAAAAUAUCUAGCCGAUAUGUUUAAGUCUUACAGUCUUUCCACCAAUUUUCAACCUAUAGUUCGUGUGUCUUCUAUCGAAUAUUUUGAAAAGUGUAUCCAGGAUUCCAGCAUGAAAGGGGAUACGAUGACUUUUCGCUAUAAAUAUAAAAGGCAGGGCUUAACCCUGCACUCACAGUUAGAGCGAAUUAGCGGCAAAGAGGGUGAAUGA